AUGAAUUUCACCUUGCCAAAAGGAAGGACUUUGCAUGCGGAGGUGGAGCGGCCUCGGGGUGCACGCGGGGGUGGCUUCGCGCAUCUCCCCGCCCCGAGCUGGGAAAGGUGUUUCUGGUCCCUGGGAAGGGACAUCCUGUGAUGGGACUGUGAGUGCCACCUCCUCGGAUGAGCUUUCUGCUCCCGUCGGCUCCUGAUGACCUGGAGCAAAGGCUGGAAAGAAGGAAAAGAGGAGGCCUCUGCCGCAGAAAACAACCCCUCACGGGUGCCGCAGGGGAAACCAGGAGAGCGGAGCUCCGUCUUCUAUUCUGCUGGACAGUUUUUCUUCGAGUACCUGGUGGUGGUGUCACUGAAGAAGACGUCAGAUGGACGUUAUGAACCCAAGAUAACCUACCAGUUCCCAAAGCGCGAGAACUUGCUGAAGGGCCAGAAGGAGGAGGAGGAACGUCUCUUGCAAGCCAUCCCCCUCUUCUGCUUCCCUGAUGGCAACAACUGGGCCCCCGUCACCGAGUUCACCAGCGAAACCUUUUCUUUUGUCCUGACCAACGUGGAUGGCAGCAGGAAGAUCGGCUACUGCAGGCGGCUGCUGCCAUCCGGCCGUGGUGUCCGCCUCCCUGAGGUCUUCUGCAUCAUCAGCUGCUUGGGCUGCUUCGGGCUCUUCUCCAAGAUCCUGGAUGAGGUGGAGAAGAGGCGCCAGAUCUCCAUGGCGGUGAUUUACCCCUUCAUGCAGGGCCUUCGGGAAUCGCCCUUCCCAGCUCCAGGGAAAACCGUCACCAUUAAAAGCUUCAUCCCCGAGUCAGGCACGGAGCUCAUCGAGCUCACGCGGCCCGUGGAUGCCCACCUGGAACAUGUGGAGUUUCAGGCUCUGCUCCAGCGCCUCAGCCCCCACCUCAUCCUGCACAUCUUUGCCUCUGCCGUGUUGGAGCGACGGCUCAUUUUCCUGGCGGAGGAGCUGAGCGUCCUGUCGCAGUGCAUCCACGCGGUGGCUGCUCUCCUCUACCCCUUCAGCUGGGCUCACACCUACAUCCCCGUGGUCCCCGAGUGCCUGCUCGACACCGUCUGCUGCCCCACGCCCUUCAUGGUCGGCAUCCAGAUGCGGCACCUGGAGCGGGUCCUGGACCAGCCGAUGGAGGAGGCUCUCAUAGUUGACCUCUGCGAAGGGAAGAUCCUCCGGGCGGUCGGCGAUGAGGAGGAGAUCUUGCCCAUCAAGCUGCAGAAUGAGAUGCUGACGUCUCUGAACAGGCACAACAACAACAACAACAUACACACAUCCGAGCAGGUGAACACGCUCGUCUCCGAAGCCUUCGUGCAGUUCUUCGUCCGAAUGGUUGGCCACUACGCCUCGCACAUCAAGUGGAGUAAAAACGGCUCAGGCACCUUCCAGGAGCGAGCCUUCUGCAAAGCCAUCGCCUCCAAGACCAACCGCAAGUUUGUGAAGAAGUUUGUGAAGACGAACAUGUUUUCCCUAUUUAUUGAGGAAGCGGAAAAGAGCAGGAUCCCACAGGAAGCAUAUUUCCAGCAGAAAAUAACAGAGUACCACGAACAGAAGAAGCACCGAAGGGACUCCUGA